ACUAAGACUAAUAGAACUCUAAUAAUACAAGGACCACAUUCAUUUUACAUACCUUCUCUUAAACAACCUCUUUCUUACAUAAUAGUUUCAAGUUUCUCAAAACAAGAGUUAGAGAAACUAGGUUGAUUGAACUCAAACAUGAACAAGGACAAUGAAACAUAUCUCAAACUUUUCCAACGAGGUUCUUCUAAUACUCACAUGAGUUCUUUGUUCUCCAAAAAAGCUAAAGCUACCACCACUGUAGUUGCCCUGUUCUGCUUAGUAGCAACUUUUUGUUACUACUUUGCAGCCUCCAAUAAUAAUAUAAUUUCAGGUGAUUAUUUCAUUCCAAAUCAAAACUCUUCACCCAUCUCAACAAACAAACACCAAACACAAGAAUAUCCACUUAUAUGCACCAAAAGGAACAAGACUGAGACACAAACAUGUCCAAGAGACUACUUUCCUACAAAACAUAACCCAACAAAUCAAUAUAGCCAUGUUUGUCCCUCAUACUUUAGAUGGAUUCAUGAAGACCUAAAGCCAUGGAGAGAACAAGGGAUCACAAAGGAAAUGGUGGAAGAAGCAAGAAGAACAGCACACUUUAAGAUAGUGAUUGUGGAUGGAAAGUUGUAUGUGGAGAAGUAUAGGAAGUCUAUUCAGACAAGAGAUGUUUUUACAUUGUGGGGUGUUUUGCAACUAUUAAGGUUGUAUCCUGGGAAGUUGCCGGAUUUGGAACUCUUGUUUGAUUGUGACGAUAGGCCUGUUGUUCCUUCGGAUAAGUUUCAUGGCCCAAAUGCUUCGCCACCUCCUUUGUUUAGAUAUUGUUCUAAUCAACGGAGUUUGGACAUUGUCUUCCCUGAUUGGUCCUUUUGGGGAUGGGCUGAGAUUAAUAUAAAGCCAUGGAAAGAUACUUUGAAAGAUAUUAAAGAAGGGAACAAAAAGACCAAGUGGAAGGAUAGAGUACCUUAUGCUUAUUGGAAGGGGAACCCUUAUGUUGCUCAAACUAGGAAGAAUCUUUUGAAAUGCAAUGUUACAUCGGAAAACGAUUGGAAUACUCGCCUAUACAUACAAGAUUGGGUAAAAGAAUCCGAUGAAGGUUACAAAAAAUCCGGGUUAGGGGACCAAUGUACUUAUAGGUACAAGAUAUACAUACAAGGAUAUGCUUGGUCUGUUAGUGAGAAAUACAUUUUGGCAUGUAAUUCCAUGACAUUAUAUGUAAAAUCCGAAUACCAUGAUUUUUUCAUGAGAGGCAUGGUUCCAUUACAACACUAUUGGCCCAUUAGAGACCAUUCUAAAUGCACCUCUCUUAAGUAUGCUGUAGAAUGGGGCAACAAUCAUACCGAUAAGGCACAAGCAAUAGGAGAGGCUGCUAGCAGAUUCAUACAAGAGGACUUAAGCAUGAACAAUGUAUAUGAUUACAUGUUUAAUCUUCUCAAUGAAUAUGCAAAGCUUUUGAGGUUCAAACCAAGUAUACCUCAAGGAGCUGUGGAAUUUUGUUCUGAAGCAAUGGCAUGUGAUUUAAAGGGUAUAGAAAGGAAGUUCAUGGAAGAGUCAAUGGUGAUGUUUCCUAGUGAUUCAAAUCCAUGCACUAUUCCUCCUCCAUAUGAUCCCUUAACUUUACAACAAGUUUUAGAGAGAAAUAUUAAUUCAACAAAACAAGUGGAAAAUUGGGAAGAUGAAUAUUGGUUGCAUAAAAAUAAUGGGUAAUAAUUUUGGCUUAGUUGUUAAUUUAUUGAAUAAUUUAUUAUUGUUUUUAAACUAUGUAUUUAUUUUAUAGUCCUGGAAAUCUACAAAAUUACAGGUUUUUAGUCCUUAUUAAAAGAUUGAAAAAUCAUGAAGUUUGUAGCUGUUGAAAGUUUGAGAUAAUUAGAUAUUUAACUAAGCUUUUUGGUUUAAACUGCCCAUAGGCCAUGUUGUAUUAAUACAUGUCUCUGCAUCGUUUUUAGACCCACCCCUACAUUACAAUUACAAUUGAAGAAAAGAAAACAUUGUUGCUAUUUUAUUUUAUACAUUCAUUCAUAUUUAUAAGCAAUUCAAAAUUAUAUAAUUAAAAUGUUUAAAGUUCUUUAAAAAGAAUUUUGAUAUGCGUGGUUUUAGAGAUUAUUCUUUAUCAAUUCAAGAAAAAAUAUAAAUUAUAAUUAAAAAACACUUAAAAAUUAUACUUUUCUUCUUUUUUUUAUUAAAAAUGUUUUUUUUAAAUAAUCAAAAUAGUUAUUUUAUUUUUAAUAUGGAAUAUUUUUUAACGAAAUGAUUUAGAAAAAAAGCUUAAACACAAGUAUAACAAAAAGAAUUCAAAAGUGAUUUUUUUAAAGGUUUAAUCGUACUAGAACUAGAAAUAGGUGGAGAUUAAAUGAAACAAAGGUGCAGUAGAGCGAGCUUCAAACAUGGCGGAGCGAAUGUGGACAUAUAAAGUUAACACUCCAACACCCUAGUCAAUGAAAUAGUGAGAAAGUAGUUUGAGCGUGUGAAUGAGAGAAUAUCUGAAAUGGAGUGUGGUUAUUUAUACAGAGGGAGUGAUUAAAACCCUCUCCGUGAAAUUUGACGCCUCACGUGGAUUGUCAUCCAAUCAGAUCCAUUGGUGAGAAAUAUAUUUGAGGCUAGAAUCAUUUGUCCUUGACUAUAGUAAGGUCCCACCUAUUCCGCACAUUUUUCAGUGCAAUGCUUGUUAUUGGGCCUUUCGUCAUGGGCCAUGUGAUCAACCCUGAACAAAUAUCCACUUAAGCCUUUGUUCCUACUCGUAGAAUGAGGGCUAGUCGUGCAUGCCUUUAGUCCGACUUUUAGGAGAAGGAAAUGGAAUAACCUUGAUGGGACAUUAAUAACAUUGAGAUCAAGCACAUUGAAUAUCUCAUUUGUGAUUAACAACUUUUUUCAUGGGAAUCUCGAUGUGUGGUCCUAUGUCUAAAAGAAAUGAUGACUUAUUGUACUAGUGUAUUCGACUGUUCUAAAUAGUUCUAAGCAAGAUCUUGAUCGUUGGUGGUGCAAUUUGCACUAGUGUAUUCGACUUAUUGUACUAGUGGAUAGUGCAUUUGUCUUCAUUAGAGGUUAUAUGGGGAGUCAUGGGGUCUCAUCUUCCCUUUUGUCACUUAUGAAUCUUGAGAGCUUUUCAUCUGUGUUUGCAAUUUCUUUCAUCUUCGUCAAUAUCCCCCGAUAAACUAUUACUUCAGGUUUUAUAGAGAAGAGAGUUAUGGAAGAUUUGAAGGAGAAAAUUGUUAUAGGCGGGGAAGGAAUGUUGGGUAGCAAAAUUUACAGAGAUAAUGAUUACUUCAUUUGAUUCUUGAAGGGUUUUAAUGACCAAUAUGCACCUAUUAAGGCACAAAUCAUGCUCAUGACUCCACUUUAAACCAUCAAGAGAGUCUUUUCCCUUUUAAUACAACAAGCAAGGCAAAUCAUUACACUAACCCCUGAAGACACACUCAUUACACAAGUCCAAAAACCCUACUACAAAGGCCACCCCGUCGAGUCUACCAACAAAGCUCCCUUCAACCCCAAAUCGAAAGGCCUUAGAAUAUGCACAUAUUGUAGCAAACCUGGUCAUACCGUUGAGGUAUGCUUUAAGAAACACGACCUCUCACCUUACCUCUAGAAGGAAAACAUUAUUCACACGGCCUCUGAGGAACAAGAAUCCAACAAUUCUCCUUUUGGACAACUUGAAGAAUCGCAAGACAUUCUCAACUUAACCACUGAGUAACAACAUGCCCUAACUGCCCUUCUUCAAUAAGCAACUACGAUUCCAACUGCAAACAUUCAACACCUCCAUAUCAAUACGCUUCCCACUUCAGGUAAUCAUAAACUUAAUCAUAUAACAUCUACUUCUAAUACUGAGUGGCUGAUAGACAAGGGGCGACUGAUCAUGUUUUUAAUUCUCAGUCCCUUUUUACCACUCUCAAGCCUAUUACCCCUAUUAUGGUAAGGCUUCCUAAUGGAACCUCUAUCACCAUAAAACAUUCGGGCACAAUACAUUUUAACAGUUCUUUUUACCUAAAUGAUGUACUAUAUAUUCCUACUUUUUCCACAAACUUAAUCUCCAUUUCUAAGCUAGCUAGUUCCUCAAACUGUGCCCUUAUUUUUACUUCUUCUAACUGUAUCAUAUAGGGGAUCCCUACCCCGAUGAAGAUCGGUACAUCUAGCUCACACCAAGGGCUUUACAAACUAACAUCCCCAUCCAUUACUCAUAAUAAUGUGCCCCCACAAUAUUAACAAUUGUAACCUUUGGCACAAUAGGCUUCGUUAUGCCCCUUAUGAUACUCUUGUUAAUAUCAAUAAAUUUUUUCAUUUAACUGCUAUUCAAAAAACUGUUGAUCCAUGUGAUAUAUGUUUUAAAGCUAAACAAAAAUGUUUACCCUUUCCUAAUAGCAAAAUUAAAACCUCUACUAUUUUUGAAUUAAUUCUCAUGAAUAUUUGGAGCCCCAUUUCAUCCCCCUCUAUCAAUAGACAUAAAUACUUCCUGACUAUAGUUGAUGACUUUAGUAGGUAUUGUUGGAUUUUUUGAAGAAAACCAAAGCUGAAACAUCUAACCUUAUCAAGGCUUUUGUUAAAUAUAUUCAAACUAAGUUUUCAACAACCAUUAAAACCAUAAGGUUUGAUAAUGGGCCAGAGUUUCUUCUUAAAUGUUUUUUCUCCACUCAAGGCAUCCAUCAUCAAACCUCACGUGUUUAUACACCACAAUAGAAUGGCCUAGUUGAAUGAAAACACCAACAUAUUGUUGGUAUUACAAGGGCCAUUCUCUUUCAAUCUAACAUCCCUAAACGUUUUUGGUCAUAUGUUGUAUCUUAUGUUGUUCACAUUAUUAAUUGUUUGCCAUCUAAUACACUACUGCUUAAUGAUAUUCCUGACUACUCAUCUAUUAGAACCUUUGGCUGUUUAGUAUAUGCUUGUAUCAACACCACCCACAUGACCAAACUAAACUCAAGGUCCCAAUAAUAUGUCUACCUAGGUGUUAAACAUGGGGUAAAAGGUUCCAUUUUGUACAAUAUUCAAACCAAGAAUAUUUUUAUCUAUAGGGAUACCACAUUUUAUGAACAACACUUCCCUUACAAAAACAACACACGAACACCUUACCAAACCUCUAAACCACUCCACCAUCCCCUAUUGAAGACCUUUUUUAAUACCUACCUCAACCAACUAAACACACUCCACCACACACCUGUCACAACACCUCCCAUCUCCACCCCAACACCCCACCACUAUAAAACAAUACAGCUAAUGAGACCAAUACUUGGUUUAUCACACCCCUUCCUCCCAACAAAAAAACCAUAUGAUGUAAGUGGAUUUUCAAACUGAAAUUCUCCCCCAAUGGUACCAUUGAAAGAUAUAAGGCUAGGAUUGUUGCUAAAGGCUUCACUUAAACUGAAGGCCUAGAUUACCUUGAAACCUUCAGCCCUGUCAUAAAAAUGACAACAAUACGGUUGUUACUUUCCAUUGCUACCACCAAUGAUUGGCAUGUCCACCAGUUGGACAUUAAUACUACCUUUCUCCAUGGAGAUAUGGACCCAGGAAACAAACUGGAAAUACCAAAUGAAGCUGCCAUUAUAGAUCCAAUCGUAUUCAGAAGCAUCAUUGGUAAGCUCCUCUACCUUGUCAAUUCCAAACCUGACAUUGCUUUUUCCAUUUGCAGGUUGAGUCAACACCUAUCCAAGCCAACUCCCACACACAUUCAAGCAGCCUACUGGAUCAUCUGCUACCUAAAGAAUGAACUAGCCCUGGGCCUGCACUUCAAACGUCAAUCAUGAUUCAACCUCAUAGGUUUCGUAGACUCCGACUAGGGUGUUUGCCCAACUAACAAAAGAUCUACUACAAGGUUUCGUUUCUUCCUUGAAGACAAUCUAAUUAGUUGGAAAACAAAGAAGCAGUAAGCUGUGUCCUGUUUGUCAUCCGAAGCAGAAUACCGAGCACUCACCAACACCACCUGCGAAGCACAAUGGCUCAUAUACCUGCUCCAUAACUUUCAAAUACAACAUCCACAACCUGUUACUCUAUACUGCGACAACCAGAGCGCCAUUUACAUUGCCACCAAUUUCAUAUUCCAUGAACGCACGAAACACAUCGAGAUGAACUGCCACGUCGACCAUGAAAAACUACAAGACAAAGUUAUUCAUCUUAUGCCAUUAUAGAUCCAAUCGUAUUCAGAAGCAUCAUUGGUAAGCUCUUCUACCUUACCGAUUCCAGACCUGACAUUGCUUUUUCCGUUUUCAGGUUGAGUCAACACCUAUCCAAGCCAACUCCCACACACAUUCAAGCAGCCUACUGGAUCAUCUGCUACCUAAAGAAUGAACUAGCCCUGGGCCUGCACUUCAAACGUCAAUCAUGAUUCAACCUCAUAGGUUUCGUAGACUCCAACUAGGGUGCUUGCCCAACUAACAAAAGAUCUACUACAAGGUUUUGUUACUUCCUUGAAGACAAUCUAAUUAGUUGGAAAACAAAGAAGCAGUAAGCCGUGUUUUGUUUUUCAUCCGAAGCAGAAUACCGAGCACUCACCAACACCACCUGCGAAGCACAAUGGCUUAUGUACCUGCUCCACAACUUUCGAAUACAACAUCCACAACAUGUUACUCUAUACUGCGACAACCAGAGCGCCAUUUACAUCGCCACCAAUUCCAUAUUCCAUGAACGCACGAAACACAUCGAGAUGAACUGCCACGUCGACCAUGAAAAACUACAAGACAAAGUUAUUCAUCUUAUGCCAAUUAACACUCGAAACCAAGUAGCAGACUUGUUCACCAAAUGCCUACACCUUGGCCCCUACAAAUCCUGUGUUACCAAACUUGGACUGUUGAAUA